UCAAGAUCAUGGAUGAUGAAGUUUACAAAGACGACACUAACAGCUGGGUGGCUCCUCUCCCCUUCAAAACACCCAGACGUCCUCUCCCUAACAACCGGGAACAUGCAAUCACACGUCUGCACUCCUUGCGACGGAGCUUGGACAAGAAACCAGAGAUGAAAGAUCAAUUCAUCGCAUUCAUGGACAAGAUGUUCCGGAACCAUCACGCUGAGGUUGCACCCCAACUGAAGAGCACAGAGGAGCGAUGGUACCUGCCGACCUUUGGAGUUUAUCACCCUCAGAAGCCAGACCAAAUCAGGGUCGUCUUUGACUCCAGUGCGCAACAGGACGGCAUCUCACUUAACAACGUGAUGCUCACCGGUCCAGACCUGAAUAACAGCCUCCUUGGAGUUUUGAUACGCUUCAGGAAGGAACCUGUAGCAAUCGUCGCAGACAUUCAGCAGAUGUUCUACUGCUUUGGUGUGAGAGAGGACCAUAGAGACCAUUUGCGAUUCCUCUGGUACAGAGACAACGACUUGACGAAAGACAUCAUCGACUACAGGAUGACAGUUCAUGUUUUUGGUAACAGCCCAUCUCCUGCUGUCGCCAUAUACGGUCUCAGACGAGCUGCCCAAGAAGGAGAAAGCGACCACGGUGCAGACACACGAGAAUUCGUAGAAAGACAUUUCUAUGUCGACGAUGGACUUACGUCUCUUCCCACUCCCAUUGAGGCAAUCGAUCUAUUGCAGAGGACCCGAGCAUCACUUGCAGAAUCAAACCUACGAUUGCACAAGAUCGCUUCAAACAACGCCGCAGUGAUGGCAGCCUUUCCACCAGAGGACCACGCCAAAGGUAUGAAAGAUUUGGGCCUCGGUGGCGAAAGCGGAGUCGUACAACGCAGCCUAGGUUUAUGCUGGGAAAUCACUAUGGACACAUUCACAUUCAGGGUGACGACCGACGACAAGCCAUUUACUCGCCGUGGAGUACUGUCAAUGGUAAAUAGCCUUUACGACCCUCUCGGCCUGGUAGCCCCGGUAACCAUACAAGGCAGAGCCCUACUUCGUGAACUCACAACCAAUGCUUGCCACUGGGACACACCUCUCCCCAAAGACAGCCUGAAAGAAUGGGAGAUGUGGAGAGAUUCGCUUCAGGAUCUGAAGGAGCUUCAUAUCCCUCGCACAUACGCCAUGAAGUCUCUCACCAAGGUACGGCAAACCGAGUUGUGUGUGUUCUCAGAUGCGUCCACCAGAGCCAUUGGUGCAGUAGCUUAUCUCCGAACCCUUGACGAAAACGGACAGACCGCAGUGGGAUUCGUCCUCGGAAAAGCUAAGCUAGCCCCUCUGUCCGAACCUACCAUACCUCGACUGGAACUAUGUGCUGCAGUGCUAGCAGUAGAGAUGGCAGAGCUCAUCCUAGACGAAAUAGACCUCAAAAUUGAUGCGGUGAAAUUCUACUGUGACAGUAAAGUUGUACUAGGUUACAUUAACAACGAAUCCAAGCGAUUUUACGUAUACGUACACAACAGAGUCGAGCGUAUACGUCAGUCAACAAAGCCAGAUCAGUGGCACUACGUGCCUACAGAGCACAAUCCAGCAGACCACGCUUCACGGGGAAUUCCAGCUUCCCAGCUCGCAAGUACAUCAUGGUUCACGGGACCGCCAUUUCUCUUCAAGCUGAACCAAUCUCCUUCAGAGAAAUCGAACCCCUUCGAGCUAGUUGAUCCAGAGCUAGAUGUAGAAAUCCGUCCCCAGGUGACAAGUUUCGCUACCCAGACGAAAAUGACAACACUUACACCCAAACGCUUUCAACGUUUCUCGACGUGGAACUCACUCCUGAGAGCAGUUACUUUCCUCAUCCAUGUCGUUCGUUCCCGCAAGAUGGACCCAGCAAGUCAGUCAACUAAAUGCAGUGGACAGCACAAGCCAUAUACUCCAGACGAGCAGGCUCAAGCAAAAGAUGUUAUCAUCAAGUCAGUCCAGAGAGAGUUCUACUCAGGGGAGUUUACAAACCUUGACCAGAAGAAAGAUGUUCCCAAGAACAGUUCUCUCACAAAGCUGAAUCCUGUUUUGGAAGAGGGCUUCAUCAGAGUGGGAGGUCGUCUCAAACAUGCACAGCUAGACCGUGACGAGAAGAACCCAAUUAUUUUGCCAGGUAACCACCACGUUUGCACACUGCUAGUACGCCACUACCACGAGCAGGUGAAACACCAAGGUCGCCAUUUUACGGAAGGGACCAUCAGAGCAUCCGGCCUAUGGAUUGUCGGUGGUAAGAGACUCAUAAACUCAGUCCUACAUAAGUGCGUCAUAUGCAAGAAGCUCCGUGGGAAGUUGGAAGAACAGAAGAUGGCGGACCUGCCACCUGAGCGACUCAAUACAUCUCCACCAUUCACAUACGUUGGUUUAGACGUUUUUGGUCCAUGGGCAGUCAUCGCACGACGCACAAGAGGAGGUCACGCUGAAAGCAAACGCUGGGCAAUGUUGUUCACUUGCAUGAGCACGAGAGCCAUUCACAUUGAAGUCCUAGAGUCCAUGGACACGUCAUGCUGCAUCAACGCACUCAGACGGUUUUUUGCUCUCCGCGGACCAGCGAAACAGCUUAGAUCCGACUGCGGAACCAACUUCGUUGGAGCCUGCAAUGAGCUGAAACUUGGAAAGGAACAACAACAGGAGACAAGAAUGCAGCGCUACCUGAGUGAACAAGGCUGCACAUGGGAGUUCAACCCACCUCACUUGUCACACAUGGGAGGUGUUUGGGAGCGCAUGAUUGGAGUAGCUCGGAGAGUCCUCGACUCCAUUCUAUUACAGAGCAAAUCCUCUCACCUCUCGCAUGAAGUACUGUGCACCUUCUUGGCCGAAGUUACAGCGAUCGUCAAUGCUCGACCUCUUAUCCCAGUCUCCAACGAUCCUGAAUUGCCAUUCAUCUUGACACCUGCUACGCUGCUUACCCAGAAGGUUGGUGCUCCUGCUCCCUUGGGAGAAUUCACCGACAAGGACCUGUUCAAGAGCCAGUGGAGGCAGGUUCAGAGUCUCGCCAGUAAGUUCUGGACCCGAUGGAAACGCGAAUACCUGCCUACCCUACAGAGCCGUACGAAGUGGACGGAAACCCAUCGUAACCUGCAAGAGGGAGAUCUUGUGCUCUUGAAAGACAAGCAAGUCGUCCGCAAUGAGUGGCCACUGGCUCGAGUUACUUCUGCUUUUGUGAGCGAUGACGGAAAGGUCCGCAAGAUAGAAGUCAAGGUCUCGUCCAACGACACCGUCAAGAAGUUCACGAGGCCCAUCUCAGAAGUCGUACUUCUACUACCAAAAGAGGACUGAACAUUACGUUUAUUUUGUAUUAUGCCAUACUAAAGAUGCCAGACGGGGAGUAUUCUGGAUCCAUCUAUCCGUUUUUUAAAUUGCGCCCUCUAUUGGCAACAAGUUCUUUCAUUCAACGAAUCACGUUUUAUCAAUUUUCCGUCUAAAGUUUGUUCCGACAUUUUCACACUUUGUGACUAGUUUAAUCCAUCCCAAUCUACUGCCUUCUCAGAUAACGCCUACGAGAAGCAUUGCCUUUUUACUCCUUGUUCAUCACUGACGUCAUAUACCCCCAGCUUGAAUAAAUCACUACAGGAGCUUGGAGGCUAUUUCCUGACUCUCAUGUCGAUUAUUAAUGGAGUUUGGCUGGCUGUCUAAUUUUGGUUUCAAACACC